AAAAGUGUGUAUCUAGAAGAAGCGAUUGCCUCUGCUUGCGGCUUUAUCAAAUCCCUAACUCUUGUACCUUUGGAAAUGGCGAUGGCGUCAUUCGUGGGCGUGGCUUCGCAGAGCUCCCUCUGCACGCGUCUUCUUGCUUUCCACCCAUUCCACCACACGCGAACUCCGUCUCCUUCUACCGUCAGCCUCAAAUACAAAUCUCAAGCUGUGUGUCUCAAGUCCCACUGCAAUGGAGCAGCGCCACCUGUCAUCGCGUCCACACAAAGCGAUAUCCUGCGCGGCUCCACUCGCACGGUGACGACGCUGUUGGGAAUGGCGGCGUUGUUGCUGAAAGCGAUUCCAGUGAGUAUGAGUGGCUAUAGCAAUAGCAAUAGCAUUUCAACGAUGGGUGCGUUGUUCUUCGCUUCUUUGCGGGACCGGCCGAGCGGCGCCCUGAACACGCCGCUGACGGUGGUGGCGGCGGGGCUGGGGAAGUGGCUGGACAUAUAUAGCGGGGUUUUGAUGGUUAGGGUUUUGCUGAGUUGGUUCCCAAACAUCCCCUGGGAACGCCAGCCUCUCUCCGCAAUUCGAGACCUAUGCGAUCCCUAUCUCAACCUCUUCCGUAACAUCAUUCCCCCCGUUUUCGACACCCUCGACGUUAGUCCUCUUCUCGCUUUCGCCGUCUUAGGCACUCUCGGCUCUAUUCUCCAAACUGCUAUGUGAAAGGACCAUGCUUCUCUUUUCUUCUUCUGCCUCCGCUCAUACCUCCUCGCCUAUUAGGUUAUACAAUACAAUGUUUGUUUCCUACUUAUGCUCCUCGCCUUUCAUUUUCAGUUCACUGUUUUGAGUUAACUACUUCUGUUUUCAUUCAUAUUAUUUCAAUAUCUCCUCUGCGCAAAUUC